AUUCGAUUCGAUUAGUCGACAAAUAAUUUCAAAUUUAACAAAAAUGUACCGUCUGAUUUUUCUAUGCCUUCUCGCCUCAGUGAGCGCGGCCCCAGCUCCGAAGCCCGUAGUAGUCUACUCAAGCGGAGUACCAGCUGUGUACCACUCUCCCCUAGUGGCCCCUGCUCCCCUAGUACACGCUCCGGUGGUGCACCACGCUCCCGUGGUGUCCCAUGUCAGCGCCCUCUACCAUCAGCCGGUCGUGCCCGCUUACAGACCUACAAUAUUCGCUCCUCAUUUGUUCUAGAAAGUUCUUGACGCCUAAUACAAUCUUGUAAACUAAAUAUAUUUGGUUGAAUAUUUAAUGUGAAAGAAAUAUUUAUUUGUAAUUUGUUUUUUGGAAUAAAAAAUGUGUUU